AUGGCAUCGCAGACUCUCUACUUGUACACGGCAACAGCUCUCGCCGUCUUAACCACAGUCCUCGCACUCCGUCGAAAACGAGAACCUCCCAGACAGCAACCAGCCCCAAAGCCCCACCCAUUAGCAAGCGUACCAUCCGAGCAACUCCCAGAAUACAUCCAGAGUCUUCUUGCCAAACUACCUAAUUGCGUCAUCUUGCAAUCUGACAUCGCGGCCUUCCAGCAAGCCGUAGAUGGUAGCUGGGCCCAGCCGAACCGCAAGAUAAUCCCAGCGUGCAUCGUACGCCCUUGCGAUGCACAACAGCUUGGUACCGCUGUUGCGAUCUUAAAACGGGAGCAAGAUCGCCGCGGCCAGGCGGGUGUUCCAGUGGCAGGGUUCUUCGCUAUCAGAAGCGGCGGUGUCAAUCCAGGGCUCGGGGCGUCGACGGUGCGGGAUGGCGUUGUGGUUGAUCUCAGCAAGUUUUGUGAGGUGGUGCCCGCUGUUGAUGGAUCGACUGUGACUGUUGGGACGGGUGCUAAAUGGAUCGAUGUGUAUAAACGACUCGAUGAGGAAGGACUGGUUGUAAUAGGGGGGAGGAACUCGCCAGUUGGCGUGGGCGGGCUGACUUUGCAAGGUGGGAUAUCUUUCUACUCUCCCAGGUUUGGCUUCGUCUGCUCCAAUGCCGUGAGCUACGAGAUCGUACUCGCCAACGGAAGCGUGGUGACGGCUUCAGCCUCGUCGCAUCCAGCGCUAUGGCGGGUAUUAAAAGGCGGCUCCAGCAAUUUCGGCAUCGUUACUCGUUUCACGCUGCGUAGCCUGCCUUCAGCACCGCUGUGGGCAGCGCAGAUCAUCGCACCUGCGUCGUUCCAACACGCAAAAGCAAUAAAGGCUUAUCAUGACUACCUCUCGCACGCGAGUUCUGGGCAGCCCGGCGCGUUUGAUGAGAAUGCCGCUGGCCCCAUAAUGUCCUUUGUCUACGUGCAGAAAAUUGGCCUGAAGCUCAUCUCUAUUAAUCUUGUGUAUACGAAGGCCCCGGAGAACAAGCAAUGGCCGUUUCAUUGGAAGGAAACGGGAUUCCCGUCGCUGUGGAGCUUUAAACGGAGCCAUGCAGUCGAGAGCCACACAACGGCCGUCGAACGUUUUGGCCGUACUGCACCACCCGGUACCCGCUAUACCAUGGGAACGACAACCAUCCGCAAUGAUGCUGAGACUAUGAGGGCCGCCUACGCCAUUUUCUGCCAGACGACGACCGAGCUGCGGCAUGUGAAAGGCCUGCUGUUCCCCUUUGUCUUCCAGACCAUCUUACCCGGCUGGGCGAAUAAGGGCGACCCGAACAUUCUCGGCCUCGAGGGUUGUACUGAGCCCCUGAUUAUCAUCAAUUGCGCCGUUAUGUGGGCCAAUGCUAAAGACGACGAGUUGGUCCGAUCGGCUGUCCGCCGCACGCUGGAGCAGGUCGAUGCGGCUGCAGUGGCAAGACGGGCGGACCACCCGUACAGGUUCAUGAAUUAUUGCAUGGAGUGGCAGCGACCGUAUAAAGGUUGUGGCGAAGAAAACGUUAAGCUUAUGCGGGAGGCUAGCCAGAAGUAUGAUCCGGACGGCCUGUUCCAAAACGGGUGCACUGGUGGAUUCAGGCUAGAUUUCUCGUCGUAG